CAUAAACGAAAGCAACAUGCAUUUUCUUAACCAAAUAUAUCUAACCAUUUUUCUUCUUCAAUAUUCCUCAACCCCUAUUUUCUUCUCCUUCUUCUUCUCAGACCUCACCUGAAUUUCACCGGAAUCCAUUUUUUCCGAUAGAAAGCGAGUGAUCCGAAUAGGUAAACUUUUUUCAUUUUCCCAUAAUUAUUGUAUAUAUAGUACCAACGAUGAAAGAAAUUAGUGUUUCAUCAUCAUCGAUAAUAAUAUCGAAAUACAUAUUUUUCAUCGUCCUCAUAACAAUACCAAUCCUCCUUUUUCUCUCUCAUCGGAACUCAUCUUCUUCCUCUUUCAUCUCCACCACAACAACAUCAAAUUCCGAUUCCGAUCUCAAAAUCCGUCCCGGAUAUUCCACCUACGAUUCCUACAUUAAGAAACAACUAAACAAAACACUCAAUCCAAAACUCAGAAAAAUCUGGACGACUCGUGAUUGGGAUAGAAAAAUUCAAGUUUUCUCAAAAUUCUUCGGAGAACUUAGAAAUGGAAAUUUACUCUCAGAUUCAUCAAAGGUACUCUGUAUUGGUGCUCGUAUGGGUCAGGAGGUGGAAGCACUGAAACGAGUCGGAGUUUCGGAUUCCGUCGGAAUGGACCUUGUACCGUAUCCGCCAUUGGUGGUUAAAGGAGAUUUUCAUAAUCAGCCGUUCGACGAUGAGAUUUUUGAUCUGGAAUUCUCCAAUGUGUUCGAUCACGCGCUUUUCCCGGAGAAAUUUGUAUCGGAGAUCGAACGGACACUGAAGACCGGCGGGGUUUGUGUGUUACACGUGUCGUUAUCUAAACGAGCGGAUAAGUAUUCGGCGAAUGAUUUGUAUAGUGUUGAACCGUUGAAGAAACUGUUUAAGCGGUCUGAGUUGGUUCAUACUCGAACCGUUGAUGGGUUCGGGUUGGAUACGGAAGUUGUUUUCAGAAAAAACCGAUGAUCGAACCGGUUUGGGUGAUCUUUUAUUUUUUUUUU